AGUGACGCUAGUGCCUAUAUUUUAUCAUAUUUUAUUUUUAUGUAUCUAGAUUCUAUUCUCUAUUAAUAAUUAAUAAUAUUAUGCGUCUCUAGACUAGUCUAUAAUAAAUUAAUAUACUGAAGUUGAAGCGCAUUUCACAUCUCGACAGUCACAUAGACAAGAUUGUGACACUGUCUAUAGGGCCUACUUACUUUGAUUUCAAGAACUUGACUCCUUCACUACAACCAUGCCCAGGAUUGUUGAAUGUGUUCCUAACUUUUCUGAAGGAAGAAAUAAAGAGACUAUUGAAGCCAUAGCUGCAGCAAUAGCACAAACUCCAGGCUGCAGUCUUUUAGAUGUAGACCCUGGACAGUCUACCAACAGAACAGUGUACACAUUUGUUGGAAGUCCAGAUGCUGUGGUGGAAGGGGCUAUGAAUGCAGCCAGAGUAGCUCAUCAGCUCAUUGAUAUGAGAACUCACCAAGGAGAGCAUCCAAGGAUGGGUGCCUUAGAUGUCUGCCCAUUUAUUCCAGUUCAAGAUGUUAACAUGGAAGACUGUGUAAGGUGUGCUAAAAUGUUUGGCGAAAGGCUCGCUAUUGAGCUUGGGGUGCCAGUUUUCUUGUAUGGAGCUGCAUCGGAGACAGAAUACAGAAAAACAUUACCACAAAUUAGGGCUGGGGAAUAUGAAGCACUGCCUGACAAGUUGAAAGAUCCUCAGUGGAAACCUGACUUUGGUUUGCCCGACUUUGUGCCUACAUGGGGAGCAACGGUAGUUGGAGCCAGGAAGUUCCUAAUUGCCUACAAUAUUAAUUUACUGGCCACAAAAGAACAAGCACAUAGAAUAGCACUCAACAUCAGGGAAAAUGGAAGGGGGGACAGUGAGCCUGGAAGAUUAAAAUGUGUACAGGCAAUAGGUUGGUACUUAGAGGAGGCAAACAUGGCCCAAGUGUCUGUGAAUAUAACAGACUUUGAGGUUACUAGUAUACAUGAAGUCUUUGAGGAAUGUGUUAAAGAUGCUCAGGAACUAAAUAUAGCUGUGGUUGGAUCUCAAAUUGUCGGUCUCAUUCCCCUGAAGGCCAUGAUGAAUGCUGCAGAGUAUUAUAUGAAAAAAGAGAAUCUCUUUAUUUUGGAAGAAGAUCAAAAAUUGAGAUUGGUUGUCAACAGAUUAGGUCUAAACUCACUGGGUGGUUUUAACCCUAAAGAAAGGAUUAUUGAAUAUAUGAUACACACUGAAAGAGAAGGGCCUCUAGUCAGCAUGGACCUUAAAGACUUCAUACUAACUGUAGGCUCAAGGUCUCCAUCUCCUGGGGGUGGAUCAGUAGCUGCCUUAGCUGCAUCUCUUGGAGCUGCUCUAGGUUCAAUGGUUGGAUUUUUAACUUACGGCAAUAAGAAAUUUGCUGCUUUAGAUGAAAGGAUGAGAAAGUUGAUUCCACCAUUAUAUAAAGGCAUGAAAGAUCUGAUUCCUUUCAUUGAUGCUGAUGCAGCAGCAUUCAGUGAAUAUAUGCUUGCUAUGAAACUGCCAAAGAAAACAGAGGCAGAAAAGAAAGAAAGAGAAGAAGCCAUGAAGCAAGGUUUGAUGACUGCCAUUCAGGUUCCAAUGUGUGUGGCCCAACUGGCCAAUGAAAUGUGGCCAUAUUUACUUGAGCUUGCAGAGAUAGGAAAUCUGAAUUGUAAAUCUGAUCUGCAAACAUGUGCAAGAAUCUUGGAGACUGGAGUAUGGGGAGCCUAUUACAAUGUCAUGACUAAUAUAGGUCAGAUUGAUGACCCAGAGUAUGUUGCUAAGGUGCGAGGUGACAUAGACCUGGCGGUGACAAAAGCACAGAAGGAAAAAGAUGAAGUUUUGAAAAUCUUGGAGCAGAGGAAAGAAUAAUGGCUGUGAUAGACUGACAUGUCAUUAAGCUCACUUGUACAUUCAGUAUUUGAUUUGAUGGUGUCAGAAGCAAGGUGAUUAAUUUUAUAAAUGUGUUGUAUUUUCAUUUACUGAUAUCACUGUGUUAACUGUACUUGAUUAGAUAUUCAGCAUGUUUUAUACUUUAGAUUAUCAUUCCGGUAUAUUUUGUUAUUGGAACAGUGAUUUGUGCUAAGUUCCAAACAUCCUAUCUUUUUGGCUUUCAGUAUUAUUUGUUUCUUUAAGUUGACUUAAAUCAUUAUACAGACUAUUGUUUUGUUACCACUGCCUUGUUAUACAAUUUAUAUGCAAUCCAUUCAUUCUAUUUAAAUUAUUACUGAUGCUCUCUUUAUUUCUAUUAGUCUGUAAUUAUAAAUUUUGGCUUUAAGAAAACUGUGGUUCAUUUUUUAAAUGUAUGCAUUUUAAUAAGCAUUUUUUGUAAAGUGAUUUAUUUUACACUCCAGGAUUAGAAACUUAAACUUUUUUUUCCUGAAUCUUUUACUUAUUAGAAUUGAGUGUUUUAAAAAUUGUCUGAAAAUGAAACAAUGUUUUGAACUUUGUGUUUUAAUGAUUUAAAUAAUAAUAAAACGUCACAUGAUCUCUGCAUAUUACUGGUAUUUUUUUUUGGGAAAGUCAUUACAUUGUUAUUAAUAGUUAAAUAAACAUUAUUGAAUGUUUAUUUUAUUUGAUAUUAUGAGAUUUACAAAAUAAUAUUUUGCACAAAUCCAGUUCAUUAUUAUAUGAUUACACCAUCAGUAUUUAGACAAAGGACAAUACUGCUGUUACUCACUGUUAUUUCUUGUUUCUGACCUGUAUUGAAUGUUUUAUUUAAGUGUUGUAACCAUGUAAUAAGCAACAUUUGUAUCUUGUAGCCAUAUGUAUUCUAACAUCUAUUUUGUAAUCAAAAUAUUUUUGGCACUAAUUGCCUGUGAAAUGUGGUCUGAUAUACGGAGUCCUUAUUUUAAACAAAAUUGUUUAGUUGUGUUAAUAGUAGAUUUUUGUUAUUACCUCUGUUUUGUUUUUGAUACAUAUUUAAAUUCUUAAUAAGUGAAAACUUUUAAAACUCCACUCAAUGAUAUACAUCUAAAAAGUGUAGUCUAAUGUAUAACCACUUCACCAACAUUAGAUCCAAUGAAAAAAAUAUUCUGAAAAAAAAAAAAAAAGUCAUUUGUGUCUAUUUGAAACUUUUUUUGCUUUGUUUCUCUAUUUCCAUUUUAUUAAAACUGUUACAUUUAUUGAGUCAGUGUAUCAGGUUAGUGAUAAAGGUUUUGAAUCAGUCUUGUUGAUGUUUGACUGUUAUUUUCACUCUGUUACAAUUAUGAAGUGAAAACUGCUGACUAAUAGUGAGAUCCUUGUCAUUUUUCUAUGGAAUGCCAUUUUGUUAUUGUGAAUCAUAUUUUAAAACAAUUAUUAUUAAUUGUUCACUACUCACAUGGUGUUCAAACAUCUUUAGUUAAUUGCCUUUCAACAUAUCCCCUCUCAUAAUUCACUCAAACUUGUUCUAAACAUUUUCAGACUUAAUGGUCCAUGGGGUAAGUGAGCAGUAAUACUCAUGCCUAAGGACAACACUUAUUGAAGUGUCAUUCUAUAAUCUUAUAAAUUACAGACCCUCCUUUAACAGAUGAUAAUUAUGUCCUAUGUAUAUCCAUUUUUCAAUCUAGUCUUGCAUGUUAGAGGCUUUAACUCAUUGGUUUUCUUGGCUGAUUCAUGCAACCCGAUCAAUGCUCUAAUGGCACUAUGAAGAAGGAGCAUUUGUAGGAAUACGUCCUAGCUUAUGGGUUGUUUUACAACAUGCUUUACAUGUUUUGGAUCUUUUAGAGUUGAAGAUAAUCUACAUCCUAGUCCUAACCAUACUGCACAACCAGGCAGCCAUCCUGCCUUGUACUGAAAUUCAAAGAAUACAUUACAUAUAUUUAUUUGAUGCAAUAUCCUUUGUCAAAUAAUUAUCUUGAAGCAUAAUAAUAAAUUGUUGUUUUUUUUUCGGUGUCUUAAAGCAAUUAAUCUAAAACGUCUUUUUGAGGAUUAGGAAUAAGCCAAUCAAAGAAUAAAAAUAUAAUAUGAAAAAUAUGUUUCAAUUCACAAACAAUUUAUGAAAACAGUAUGCCUAUUGAUCCCAUGGAGAAAACUUCUAGUUUUGCAAAUAGCAAUUCAUAAUAUUUAGUGAUGGGUAUUUGUUGUAAUGGAUGUCUUCUAUAGUUAUUUUUUUUAAAGCUAUAAACAGAUCCAACUUUAUUUUAAAUAGAUGUAUAGAUUUAUUUUCUGUUAUUCUUGUACUAAAAUAAAAGGUAAAUUAUCAGAAUGUUAUACAAACCUACUUCAAGACACAUGAAUGUUGAUGUGUUACCAAUAACAACUGUGAAGGUAAACACAACAAAAGUAACAGUAAUUAUACAAGGUGAUCAUUAUGACCCUCUCCCUUUUUUUGCACCCAACACACCAAAAUAGUGACUGUUUUUGUAAUAGAAGUGUUUCUGCUGGGUUUUUUUAACUAUGGCAUCACUGUUUUUGUUUACAUUUUUUUAAAUAAAAUGAAAUUGCAGAA